UAUAAAAUCAAGCACCUAGGCAUGCAGACUGCUUCUACAAACAUUUGUGAAAAAUGGGUCACUCUCAGGAUCUCAGUGAAUUGGGGUACUGUGAUAGGUUGUUACCUGCGCAUCAAGUCCAUCUGUGAAAUUUCCUUGCUACUAAAUAUUCCACAGUAAACUGUUAGUGGUAUUAUAACAAAUUGGAAGCAACUGGGAACAACAGCAACUCAGCCACAAAGUGGUAGGCCACGUAAAAUGACAGAGUGAGGUCAGUGCAUGCUGAAGGGCACAAAGUCACCAACUGUCUGCAGAGUCAAUAG